CCCGAGCAAGUGUCAGCCGACGCACCCACGCACACACCACAGAAUGUCACCCGAACAAAUAAGCCGAACGGACAGGUCAGGUCAGGAAUGAGAUCACACCGCUUCACCCCUCGCCCCCUAAGCAGCACAAAUCGAUAGGGUAGGACAGACGCACACUAAGCAAGCAGUCCAGUGAGAGCAAGAGCAAAUGAGCUAACUGUAGUCCAUCCGCCCCGACGGACAACCAACAUCAUUCUUCGUACCCCUCGGAGGCCAUCCACAUCGGAUGUGCGACGCCAUGCACCGCAGCCAGGGCCUCCGUUGUCGCCCUCACGCCACUGUGCACGGCCCCGUGGACACACUGGUUGCCCGACACACUGAUGUCAAUCAAAGACACAUCGGAAGGAAAAGGCGGAUGAAUAGGCGGGGCCUCACCAACACAUAUAUGGCGCCGAUCUCAUCUGCCCUCCUCACUCAUCUCACCUGGUGGCCUCGCCCGCGAAGAAGACGGCAGGUCGCGUGUCGACCCCGUUCUUGGAGUCGGGCUCCGGGUGAGCAGUGGCCAGGUCCUCGAUGUGCUCGAGGCUGCCCCCCGGCCGAUAGUAGCUGUAGGACCCCAGCGAGAAGACGUCAGUGUCCCACUGAGUCACCUCGGCGUCGAUCAGCAGCUUCCGCAGAGACGACACGGACGGGCGGAUGCCGUUGGUCUGCAUGGUGGUGAGGACCUUCAGGGCAUUGGUGACGGUCUGCUCUCUGUCGACGUUGAAGUAACCGAACAGAUGACCCACCUGGACCAACAGGGAGAGCAAAGCAAGGCAAGGCAACCUCAGAGAUGAAGGGCUCGCCACCUGUGUGUGUGUGUGUGUUGCGUGUGCGCACCAGUGUGUUGGUCGCUUUGCUGGGGUCGAAUGCGUGGAGGUUCAUGAACUGCACGGACUCGUCAGGGGUGUUGAGGAACUGGGCGGUCUCAUCCCAGAAACACUCCUUGAACCUCAUUAUCACCUACACGAGUGCAACAAGAAGUCAAAGGCAGUCAUCAAUCACUGCUCCCCAUUAUCACUGCUUGUCGUCAGGAGCGUUCCUCACCUUGUUGUGUCCCCCGCCGCCCACAUGCUCAAACGCCUCCCUCUUGGCCUCGCUGAGUGGGGGGUCGAAGACGAUACGCGAACGGGAUGUGUUGCUGGGGUUCAGCACGCCCACGGGCACCGUGACGAUCGCCUUGAGUGCACGAUACACCUCCCCUGCCUCGGUCGUCACCUCCACGUGCUGGGACCCCUCGACAAUGCCCACAUGGUUGACGAUAGCGUUGAGGACGAUGUUGUCCUCAAGGUCGGCCGAUUGGACUAGGCAGUCAGGCAGCCAGCUGUACCCCCCUGUGCUCAGCCGGUCACCGAUGGUCAGCUGACAUCACACAGACACACAGACACGAACAUGGUGUGUGGAUGAGUGGCUGUCUGGCACAUCGGAUCAGGUUCUUACCUUGUGGUCGAGAUUGGGGUUGACAAAGGGGUCAUAGCUGCGUGCCACGGCCUCCCCAGCCUUGCGCUUCCGGCCCUUGCCCUUGACCCCCUUCUUGGCCUUCUUGACCUUGGGAAUGGGCACCUCGCGGUGCUCUCCGUCUUCUUGCUCGUCUCCCCCGUCCUCAUCGCCCCGCUUCCUCUUACCCUGCCCCUGAUCUCUCUUAAGCCGCGCAAUGUCAUCGCCUGUCAGCUUGAAGAGAUCAAGCGUCAAAUAGGCCUGCAUGCCCUCCACAUCCAUGGCCACGAGACCAUCAGACGACGAUGACGACGCUGCCGAAUCGCCAGCCUGGCCGGCAGGUGCGUGG